GGCGGUAACCUGGAUACAGUUACUGGGCAGAUUGCCCCGACGUCAGCUGCGAGGGAAGAGGGAUUUAAAAGACUUCUGGAAAUUUUAGAGGGAAAACCGAGGAGAAUGGUUCAGUUUAAAACGGAAUCCGAGUUUUAUAAAAGCAUUAACGAUGCUGUCUGCGCGCUCCCCUCUCUCGGUGAAGAACCAACAGACUCUCAGCAGUCAGAUAGACAGCAUGUCUUUGGACAAAGAGAACACGCCUCCCAGCCUGAACAGCACCCGCGUUCUGGCGUCCAAAACCGCCCGAAAGAUCUUCAGUGAAGCCGCGCCUAAAGCGGUGAAGAAGAGCAGCUUUGAGGAAGAGGAGCCUCUGCUGAAGGAAAACCCUCGACGCUUCGUCAUCUUCCCCAUCCAGUACCACGACAUCUGGCAGAUGUACAAGAAGGCAGAGGCCUCCUUCUGGACGGCAGAGGAGGUGGACCUGUCCAAAGACCUGCAGCACUGGGAGUCCCUGAAGGACGAGGAGCGCUACUUCAUCUCCCACGUGUUGGCCUUCUUCGCCGCCAGCGACGGCAUCGUCAACGAGAACCUGGUGGAGCGCUUCACGCAGGAGGUGCAGGUGACGGAGGCCAGGUGUUUCUACGGCUUCCAGAUCGCCAUGGAGAACAUCCACUCUGAGAUGUACAGCCUGCUGAUUGACACCUACAUCAAGGAUCCCAGCGAGAGGGAAUACCUGUUCAACGCCAUCCAGACGCUGCCGUGCGUGAAGAAGAAGGCCGACUGGGCGCUCAACUGGAUCGGCAACCGGAACGCCUCCUACGGAGAGAGAGUGGUGGCCUUCGCCGCUGUGGAGGGAAUCUUCUUCUCUGGUUCGUUCGCCGCCAUCUUCUGGCUGAAGAAGAGAGGCCUGAUGCCCGGUCUGACCUUCAGCAACGAGCUCAUCAGCCGAGACGAGGGUCUGCACUGCGACUUCGCCUGCCUGAUGUUCAAACAUCUGGUGAACAAACCGGCGGCAGAAACCGUCACCAAGAUCAUCAGGAACGCCGUGGAGAUCGAGCAGGAGUUCCUGACUGACGCUCUGCCCGUGAAGCUGAUCGGGAUGAACUGCGACAUGAUGAAGCGCUACAUCGAGUUCGUGGCCGACCGGCUGCUACUGGAGCUCGGCUUCUCUAAGGUGUACCGGUCGGAGAACCCGUUCGACUUCAUGGAGAACAUUUCUCUGGAGGGGAAGACCAACUUCUUUGAGAAGCGGGUCGGGGAGUACCAGAGGAUGGGCGUCAUGUCGGGUCCAACCGACAACACCUUCAGGCUGGACGCCGACUUCUGAACCGGGCCAGACCACCUGAACGCUCCAACUGGACCUGCAGUGCCUGGCCUUUGUGAACUGAAGGUAUCGGCCAAUCAGAGCGCUGCAGCUCACCUGGAGUCAACAAUGAAACACAUUUUCACCUUCAGUGACUCUUCCUGGACUCUUAACUUAAUUCAAACGCUUCAUGUUUUCUGGGGUUUUAUAUUUAAUUUGUAUAUAAUGUUACCUUUUUUUGUCUAUUUUUUUUUUUAAAUAAAUGUUGUGCAUAUAAA